GAGAGAAGAGCUGCUACGCCACAGCCCAGCGGCCGCCAUUCGCCGAAAACCAGGCACAGCCUCCGCCGGCCCCAGCCUCCUCCGACCCACCAAGGGCGGGCCCCGGCCGGGCAGAGCGGGCGGGACCGGCCUCACCCCCUCCCGCCCAGCCGCCCUCCCACCGGCCGUCCCACCGGCCGUCCCUCCCUCCCUCCCUCCGACCAGGCCCGGCUCUCCGGCUGCGGCUCCCCCCCCGUUGAUGCGGGAUGAGCGAUCAGAAGAAGGAGGAGGAGGAGGAGGCGGCGGCGGCGGCGGCGAUGGCCACGGAAGGAGGGAAAACCUCCGAGCCAGAGAAUAACAAUAAAAAACCCAAAACCUCAGGCUCCCAGGACUCUCAGCCUUCUCCUCUGGCUUUACUGGCAGCCACGUGCAGCAAAAUAGGGACUCCUGGUGAAAAUCAAGCAACUGGACAGCAGCAGAUUAUUAUAGAUCCAAGCCAAGGAUUGGUUCAGCUUCAAAAUCAACCUCAGCAAUUAGAACUGGUCACAACUCAACUCGCCGGAAAUGCUUGGCAACUUGUUGCUGCCGCUCCCCCUGCUUCAAAAGAAAGCAACGCCGCCCAGCCGGCAAGCUCGUCCAGUUCAACCAGCAGCAACAACGGGAGUGCGUCCCCGACGAAAACGAAAUCGGCCAAUUCUUCGACCCCCGGGCAGUUCCAAGUCAUCCAAGUGCAGAAUCCGGGUGGGAGCGUGCAGUACCAAGUGAUUCCGCAGCUUCAGUCCGUGGAAGGUCAGCAGCUUCAAAUCAAUCCGGCCAAUGCUACGUCUCUCCAGGACUUGCAGGGUCAGAUCCAACUCAUUCCCGCGGGGAAUAAUCAAGCUAUCCUGACCGCUGCGAACCGGACCGCCUCCGGAAGCAUCGUCGCCCAAAACUUGGCGAAUCAGGCCGUCCCAGUCCAGAUUCGGUCUGGGGUCUCCAUACCGCUGCAGUUGCAGACUAUCCCCGGUACUCAGGCUCAGGUCGUGACCACGUUACCGAUAAACAUCGGAGGAGUGACUUUAGCUUUGCCCGUCAUAAACAACGUAGCCGCGGGAGGUGGGGGGUCUGGCCAGGUGGCCCAGCCUGCCGAGAGUGGGACUUCCAAUGGGAAUCAGUUGGCGUCCAGCACCCCGACGACCACGGCCGCGGCCAGUACUAUGCCGGAAUCUCCUUCCUCCUCUUCCACCUGCACCACCACCGCUGCCACGUCUCUGACCAGCAGCGACACGCUGGUGAGUUCGGCAGACGCGGGCCAGUACGCGAGCACCUCGACCAGCAGCUCCGAGCGAACCGUCGAAGAGGCUCAGACCCCCGCCGCCGAGUCCGAAGCCCAGAACUCCAGUCCGCUCCAGCCUAACGGACUACAGAACGCGCAGGAUCCGUCCAACCCCCUCCAACAGGUGCAGAUCGUGGGCCAGCCGAUCUUACAGCAGAUCCAAAUCCAGCAGCCCCAGCAGCAGAUUAUCCAGGCCAUCCCCCCGCAGUCAUUUCAGCUUCAGUCGGGCCAGACCAUCCAGACCAUUCAGCAACAGCCUCUGCAGAACGUUCAGCUCCAGGCCGUAAGUCCCACUCAGGUGCUCAUCAGGGCUCCGACCUUAACCCCGUCGGGGCAGAUCAGCUGGCAGACCGUGCAGGUUCAGAAUAUUCAGAGCCUUCCAAAUCUGCAAGUUCAAAACGCCGGGCUACCGCAGCAGCUAACCAUCACCCCCGUGUCUUCGAGCGGUGGCACGACUCUUGCCCAGAUCGCCCCCGUGGCCGUGGCUGGGACCCCGAUUACACUGAGCACCGCUCAGCUCGCGUCGGUGCCUAACCUUCAAACGGUCAGCGUCGCCAACCUGGGGGCUGCGGGCGUGCAAGUGCAGGGAGUUCCCGUUACGAUCACUAGUGUUGCAGGCCAACAGCAAGGACAAGAUGGAGUAAAAGUGCAACAAGCUACAAUAGCUCCUGUAACUGUAGCAGUCGGAGGUAUUGCUAAUGCAACAAUUGGUGCUGUGAGUCCUGACCAAAUCACGCAAGUGCAGUUGCAACAAGCCCAACAAACUUCGGAUCAAGAGGUUCAGCCUGGCAAGAGGUUAAGAAGAGUUGCCUGCUCAUGUCCUAAUUGCCGAGAAGGGGAAGGAAGAGGCAGUAAUGAACCAGGAAAAAAGAAACAGCAUAUCUGCCACAUUGAAGGAUGUGGGAAAGUGUAUGGCAAAACAUCUCAUCUCCGAGCACAUCUUCGGUGGCAUACUGGUGAAAGACCAUUUGUGUGCAACUGGAUGUUUUGUGGCAAAAGAUUUACAAGAAGCGAUGAACUGCAAAGACAUAGAAGAACCCACACAGGUGAAAAGAGAUUUGAGUGCCCGGAGUGUUCUAAACGGUUUAUGAGGAGUGACCAUCUUUCUAAACAUGUCAAAACUCAUCAGAAUAAGAAGGGUGGUGGAACAGCUCUUGCCAUUGUUACCUCAGGAGAGUUGGACUCUUCAGUUACUGAGGUGCUUGGCUCCCCAAGAAUUGUUACAGUUGCAGCCAUUUCUCAAGAUUCAAACCCAGCAACUCCCAAUGUUUCAACCAACAUGGAAGAAUUCUGAAAAAUGAUUUAUACAGAGACAUCUAGUGCUGCACUUAAGUUUACAUACCUUUCAAGAUAUGGAAAUGGGCUGGUAUCGUGGAUUACAAAGUAGGAAAUCAUGUUUUCAUGCUGGACUUUUAAGUAUUCCAAGUGGUAGGGUCAGCGUGGGAAGUGUACACGAGUGCAACAAAGACAGAUUUUUUUUCAAAAAUACAAACAACGCAAAUUGAUAUGGUGGGGAAAAACUGAUGGAAAAUUAUUUCUUCCAUAGUCUACUUUUUAGUUAUUUUGAUCAGUAUCAUCUAUCUUUUUUUUUUUUAAAUGGACUUUCCUCUCUCUUAACAUUGUAUUGUUAAUAUGUUUGUAAAGACAGACCUCAAUAUUGUAUAGGCUGGACCUUAAUUAGGCUGGUUUUCAUUUGAAAGUACUUUGUUUUUAACUCCAAUCUAAUAUAUUUAUGGGAACUUCAUACCCCAACUGGUUCAAAAAGGCAAGAAACUAAUAACAGGGACAGUUCUUUGAUUUGCUUAACUUAAUUCUGCCCAACGACUGAACACUAUUUUGGCCAUCUUUUCUCAAUUUUAAGCAGUUGAAUUCAACAAGUGCCAUCAGACAGAUCUGAGUAUCAUCUCAGGUAAUUAUGACCACUACAUUUUAGUAGUGUUUAUAAUGACAAUCAGUGAACUCCAGUUUCUUUCUCCAUUUGGAGACCUAAAAGGUACUUAGAACUAAGUUAGAUUAAACAAUGGAAACAUAUUUUAAAGGAUUUUCUAGAUCCCAUGAAGUUGUAAUACAAUUAAGUAUGGCAAUUUGCAGGUAAAACUUGGGUGACAGGAUUAAUUUACUCCAAAUUUGAGCCUACUCCGAAUUGAGUUAAAAAUGGAUUUUUAACAUUUAUCUUGGCAAUUGGAUGGAUAGAGUUAUGUUGACAUUGUGCAGAAUUCUUUCUACUUUGUCUCCUUAGCCAAAGAAAACAAUGAAUUAUUACACUUUUUAAAAGUCAACAGAAAUGGACUAUUAUAAUUUUGUUUGCCUCCCUUCGGAAAAUUGACCAAUGGUAGACUAGCACUUGGUCAGAAAUAUGUCCGUAAACAUUACUGUAUCAUGUCCUAAGACAGACCAAUCAAAAAUAUAAAUAAAUGAAUUGUGUAAAAUAUUCCUUUAGACUCAAAAUUAAAAAAAAAUUAAACCCAUUUUUAUGAAUGCUUGGUCUGGCUACAGGAAAAAAAAAUGAAAUUCAUUUCAUCUUGUAAGCAAGAGUUUUAUUCCACAAAUAGAGGAAGGAUGGCCAAAAGUUUCAUAUGUAGGAUUUGGGAUCAACUGCUUUACCGAUUUGAGUAUUUCAUGAAGAUUUAGGGUUUUUUUUUUAACAUUUCCAAAUGAACAUAUUUAAUGAAAUUUAAAAGGUAAACUACAAAAAGGGGAUAGUGUUUUUCCCUGGACAGUUUAUUAAAGCAUCAGCAGUUUCGGGACUCUUUGCUAUAAAUGACCUCCGUCGGCUUACUGCAUCCUCUCUAUGCUAAAAAAAAAAAUGUACUUCAGAUGUGAACUCUAUUUCAAACUUGUGGUGUUACAUGUGUUUUUGAAGAAAGAGAAAUACUGAUCGUUGUUUACACGAUGUACACUUUAGGCCAGCCCUUUGUAGCGUAAUUUAAAGCUGAAGGUCUUUUGUACUUUCAGUUACACAAAAAGCUUUGAGAUUAAAGGAAAAAUAAUUUUACACUGUGGUUAUAAAUUUCAAGUUUCUUAAAGCUUUUG